CUACCCAGGUCUAUUAUAAGAAAGCAGCCGAUAAGAAGGUCUGUACUUAUACCCUCCCUGGAACAUCACACCAGCCAGGGCACGAUACACACCCCAGACCCCAGACAUGGCCAGUAAGAAAGCCGCAAACAAGAGACAGAGAGGAGCCCAGAAGAGCUGUUCCAAUGUCUUCUCCAUGUUCGAGCAGUCCCAGAUCCAGGAGUUCAAGGAGGCGUUUGGCUGCAUAGACCAGGACAGAGACGGGGUGAUCAAGAAACAGGACCUGAGGGAGACCUACGGCCAGUUGGGAAAGCUCAACGUGAACGAUGAGGAGUUGGAUGAGAUGCUGAAUGAGGGGAAAGGUCCCAUCAAUUUCACGGUGUUCCUCACUCUGUUUGGGGAAAAACUGAACGGUACUGAUCCAGAGGACACUAUCCUGGCUGCUUUCAAACUGUUCGACCCAAACGCAACCGGCUUCGUCAAUAAGGACGAGUUCAGACGAUUACUGAUGAAUCAAGCUGAUAAGUUCACCGCUGAAGAGGUUGAUCAGGCCUUCUCAGUAGCUCCUAUUGACGUAGCUGGCAACAUAGACUACAAGUCUCUCUGCUACAUCAUCACACACGGAGAUGAGAAGGAAGAAUCCUAAUGGUGUUUCAAUGAUUUACUUUUCGGAAUCCCGACCCACAAUGGCUUUCAUCACUGUGCCCCAAUAAACCUCAAUUGAUGUAA